UGUCAUUUAAUUUCGUCAAAUUCAGUAAUACGGGGGUGCUUUAAUUAAUUAAUUUGCAUUAUUUUCACCAGAAGAGGCAGCGUCGAGCUUUCGCAAAAGCUGCAACAACUCAAGUUGCACUAACUAAUAUUGAAGUCACAAGCGACCUAAACCCAAAAUCAACUAAUUUCGCAACUUGCGAGUUGUGCUGUCGACAGACGCCAGACACAGCAAAGCAGUAAAGCAAAGUUGUCUCAAGGCCAAGGAAGUCACAAAGAAAUUUUCAAUUGCAAUUAAACAUGAAAUUUGGGGCAACACAAAGAAUCGAGCAGCAUUUUUACAAUCAGCAGCAGCAACAGCAGCAGCAGAAGCUAAUAAAUAAAAAAGGCGCGUGCGAAUCGACAACGUUCAGUAAAGUGUCAGUUAUCAACAAUUGCAAACGUGUGUUGUGCAACAAAAGGCAGCAGCAACAGUCGCAAAAACAAAGACAAUAUUGGAAACAUAAAAGCUAUUGCAUAGCUGCAUCUUGAUUAACACUGUUUGUAUUUAAUCAACGCACCUAAAACAAACCAAAAAAUUAAAAGAACACUCGAAAAUAUCUAACCUAAAUUUCUGAACGCAUAAAAUCAAUAAAAACCCGAAGAAAAACACGUGUAUUUGAGUGCCGCCAAUAGUUGUGUUGCCGCCAAACGCGUGUGUAGACUUUUUCGUGGAGACUCUCUCCGCCUCUCUUUGUGCAAAAAGGACACUGCCCUACAAGGCUUGCGUGUGUUGUGUGUGUACAUCGACGAUCGCCAUCAAGAUCAGAAGCAGUCAAAGCAAAAACAGCACAAAAAUUCGAGGUUUUUGUGAACAACGCAAUAACAGCAGGAGCAAAAACAACAAUAUGCCGCGUCGUAAUAAGAAAACACCAGGCAAAGGUCGCACCAACGACUCGAACUCUGAGGACGAGUCCUUUGAUAAUGUUAGCGUUUAUUCGCAUGUCUCGGAGGCAGCCUCUUCGGAGGCAGCCGAGGAGCUGGCCAACGAACGCUUUGAGGAGAAAUUCGAAAAGGCCUUAGAACAGGCAACCGAGAAGUCGGCCCAAACUCGCGUCCAGGCACUGCAGUCGAUUUGCGAAUUGCUGAUGCAUCGCUAUAUGCCCGACUUUGUUGAGGACCGUAAAAUGACGCUGAUGGACUUUGUGGAGAAGAGUGUGCGUCGUGGUAAAGGACAGGAGCAAGUGUGGGGCGCACGUCUGGCCCCGUUGCUGGUGUUGCAACUAGGCGGCGAAGAGGGCAUGUCAAAAGCCAUGAACAGCUUCCUAUUGAACACUGUGCAAGACAAAUCUGUAAGUUUCGAUGCACGCGCCAAGUGCUGCACCGCAUUGGGAUUGCUGAAUUUUCUGGACUGCGAGGAUGUUGGUGAACUGGUGCAGUUGAUGCAAUUCUUCGAGACCAUCUUUGCUGGCAGCUAUUUGCGUGGAGAUGACAAGACACCCAUCUCAGUUACUGCCGAGGCUGGUACUCUGCAUGCCGAGGCGUUGUCCUCCUGGGGAUUGCUUUUGACCCUCAUUCCCUCUGGGGACUUUGUGUCCCUGAUGACCACUGGCCAACACAAGUUUCCAUCUAUCAAACGCUUCUUGGGACUGUUGGAGUCGCCACACUUGGAUGUACGCAUGGCAGCCGGAGAAACAAUUGCUCUAAUUUUGGAAUCGGGCCGUGCACAUGAUGAGAACUUCCUGGAGGAGGACAUCAGUGAGCUUUGCGAUGCCGUUAAGCAGUUGGCCACCGAUUCGGCUAAAUAUCGUGCCAAACGUGAUCGCAAAACUCAGCGUGCCACGUUCCGUGAUGUUCUGCGCUAUUUGGAGGAGGACAUUUCACCGGAGAUCAAUAUACGUUUUGGAAAUGAUUCUCUUACCCUGGACGCCUGGUCCAUACAUCAUCAAUAUUCGGCUUUGUGCACUGUCAUGGGUCCUGGAAUGACCUCCCAACUGCAGGAAAAUGAAUUCAUUCGCGACAUUUUCCAGUUGGGUCCGCGUCCAACCAACACUGGCAUCAAUGGAAACGCUAAGACCAAGCAGUCAAAAUUGGAGCGGCAUUUGGUGAAUGCAGCAGCCUUUAAGGCACGCUCUAUUACGCGUGGGAAGAACCGUGAUAAGCGAUCAGCUGUUUUUACAUAAGCAGGAUCAAAUGGAAAGAAGAAGGUCAACGUUGCAAAACUCCCCACUUAGUUGAAUUGUUCCACUUUAGAUCAUUACUUGGCCUAUAUAGAAUACCAAAAGCUGCAAAUAGUUGUACAAUUAAGGCACUUUCGGUAAAAAUUUCAUUUCGUGACUAAAUUUGAAAUAGCUUUUAAUAGCAACUACAAAAAAAUAUAUAUGAAAAUUCAUUAGCUUGUUAGCGUUUAGUCGAUUAGCUCAUAGCACAGAACUUAUUAGAUAGUAAUGUGAUCUGCAAAUUGAAUUUUCCCUUUGGCAUAAAAAAGUGCCAGAUAAACGACUGUGUGGAAUUUAGUUUAUUUUAUUUACAUUUAAGGUCAUUUUACGUUGUUGUUCAAAGAUAUAUAAAAAAUAUAUACAUUAUACAAAUAAAA